CAAGCUGCAAUGGCGAACGUUUACUACCAACUGAAGUGAAUUGCGUACUUAUUCCUUGAUUGGCUUUUGAAUUGGAAACAAGACGAUGACAAACACAACAAACGGAUUUACAGCUUCGCAGGAGUCCGUGUUAUUUGAUGAAGAUACUUUUAGUGAAAUACAAACAGAUCUUAAAAGCACAUUAUCAUUAUUAUUGGAUGACAAAGAUCUGUUUGGAGGAUUCAAACGAAGCAUUUCAGAUAUUUCUGAUAUUGAACAAUUAGCGUUUCCGAAUGAGUGGAAAAGAAUAAAAAAGGAAGAAAACGAAGAGAUGACUCCAUUGCCAGAAAUAACACAACUUGAUGAUACUUUUGGUGGAAAGCUAAAUUUUCAAUAUAGCUUCGCUGAUGAUGGUACUGGCCAGGAUUGGGUUUACUCCCAAAGUUUGGAUAAACUCUUUAUAAAAAUGGAGAAAGUUCUACCUUUAAGAUUUAUGUGGGAUCCACCUAUGGAGGGAUUAUAUUUACGCACUGCAAUGAUGUUCAAGCUGGAGCAAUAUAGAAAUGAUCCUGUUAGAAGAUGCUACAAUCAUGCAGCAACAACCUAUAGUACUAAUCAAAACAUGGAUCCAACUAGAAUAAAACAUGUAGUUCACUGUGUAAAUCAUUCUUCGUCUAUAUAUAUAGAGGAAAAUGAACAUCUUUCCGUUUUAACUCCACUUUGCACACCUGAGGCUGGUUCAUCUUACAUGCCGAUGUGCUAUAAAUUUUUUUGUAAAAAUAGCUGCCCUUCUGGCAUGAAUCGAAGGCCAACGGAAUUAGUGUUCACAUUAGAAAGUUCUGGAGGCAAAGUUUUGGGCCGUCGUAAGUUGUUAAUUAGAAUAUGUAGUUGUCCUAAGCGAGAUAAAAAGAAAGAAGAACGGGAAUUAGUACCUGAAAAUCCACCUAACAAUCACUUGACCAAACGUAACUCAAAACAUCCUAUGCAUUCCGGUAAAAAGAUGUCGUGUGACAUCUAUAAAAUCGAGUUGAAUAUCAUAGGCAAAGAAAAUUAUUUGGCUGUACUUAAGUAUGCUUACGACAUAAUGGCUGGUCAGGCAAUGAAGACGGGCCAAUAUGAACUUUUUAAACCAUACAUGGAUGAUAUACUCCAUAAUGUGCCUUGAUACAUGCCUUAUGUGUGAUUUAUAUUUCAUUUUAUUUCAU